CGGGGAGGAGGGAGCGAGGCAUCCGGCCGCUGCCGGCCCGCUCGGACCCAGACCGGGACACGCCCGCGCCGAGCCCGGCCCGCGGCCCCGGACGCGCCAUGAGGGGCCCCGGCGCGGCCCUGUGGCUCCUGCUGGCUCUGCGCUCGGCGCUGGGCGGGAUGGAGGUGCGCUGGUGCACCACCUCAGACCCGGAGCAGCAGAAGUGCAGCGACAUGAGCACGGCCUUCCAGCAAGCCGGCAUCCAGCCCUCCCUCCUGUGCGUGCAGGGCGCCUCAGCCGACCACUGCGUGCAGCUCAUCACGGCCCGGGAAGCUGACGCCAUCACGCUGGACGGAGGAGCCAUUUACGAGGCGGGGAAGGAGCACGGCCUGAAGCCCGUGGUGGGCGAGGUGUAUGAUCAAGAGGUCGGUACCUCCUAUUAUGCCGUCGCUGUGGUCAAGAGGGGCUCCCACGUGACCAUCAACACCCUGAAAGGCGUGAAGUCCUGCCACACGGGCAUCAACCGGACAGUGGGCUGGAACGUGCCCGUGGGUUACCUGGUGGAGAGCGGCCGCCUGUCGGUGAUGGGCUGCAACGUGCUCAAAGCUGUCAGCGACUACUUUGGGGGCAGCUGUGUCCCUGGGGCAGGAGAGACCAGUUACUCGGAGUCCCUCUGUCGUCUCUGCCGGGGCAACGCCGCCGGGGAAGGGGUGUGUGACAAGAGCCCCGUGGAGAGAUACUACGACUACAGUGGGGCCUUCCGGUGCCUGGCGGAAGGGGCAGGGGACGUGGCCUUUGUGAAGCACAGCACGGUGCUGGAGAACACAGACGGGAGAACCCUGCCCUCCUGGGGCCAGGCGCUGCUGUCGCAGGACUUCGAGCUGCUGUGCCGGGACGGCAGCCGCGCGGACGUCACCGAGUGGAGGCAGUGCCACCUGGCCCGGGUGCCCGCUCACGCCGUGAUGACCCGGGCCGACGCGGACGGGGGCCUCAUCUUCCGGCUGCUCGACGAGGGCCAGCGGCUGUUCGGCCGCGAGGGCGGCGGCUUCCAGAUGUUCGGCUCCGAGGCCUACGGCCAGAAGGACCUGCUCUUCAAAGACGCCACCUCCGAGCUGGUGCCCGUGGCCACGCAGACCUACGAGGCCUGGCUGGGCCGCGAGUACCUGCGCGCCGUCCAGGGCCUCCUCUGUGACCCCAGCCGGCUGCCCCACUACCUGCGCUGGUGUGUGCUGUCCACGCCCGAGAUCCAGAAGUGUGGGGACAUGGCCGUGGCCUUCAGCCGGCAGAGGCUCAAGCCGGAGAUCCAGUGCGUGUCCGCCGAGUCCCCCGAGCACUGCAUGCGGCAGAUCCAGGCUGGGCAGAUCGACGCGGUGACCCUGAAGGGCGAGGACAUUUACACAGCGGGGAAGGCGUACGGCCUCAUUCCAGCCGCCGGGGAGCUCUAUGCCCCGGAGGACAGGAGCAGCUCCUCCUUCGCGGUGGCCGUGGUGAAGCGGAACAGCUCCUACGCCUUCACCCUGGACGAGCUGCGGGGCAAGCGCUCCUGCCACCCGGGCCUCGGCAGCCCCGCGGGCUGGGGCGUCCCCGUGGGCGCCCUGGUGCGGAGGGGCUUCGUGCGGCCCAGGGGCUGCGACGUCCUCACAGCGGUGAGUGAGUUCUUCAGCGCCAGCUGUGUGCCCGUGAACAACCCCGGGACCUACCCGUCCUCGCUGUGCGCGCUCUGCGUGGGGGACGAGCAGGGCCGCCACAGGUGCGUGGGGAGCAGCCAGGAGAGGUACUACGGCCACAGCGGCGCCUUCAGGUGCCUGGUUGAGAAUGCCGGGGACGUCGCCUUUGUCAAGCACACGACUGUCUUCGACAACACGGAUGGCCACAAUUCUGAGCCCUGGGCCGCUGAGCUCAUGUCCGAGGACUAUGAGCUGCUGUGUCCGAACGGGGCCCGGGCUGAGGUGACCCAGUUCGCAGCCUGCAACCUGGCACAGAUACCGUCCCAUGCCGUCAUGGUCCGGCCAGACACCAACAUCUUCACUGUGUACGGACUGCUGGACAAGGCCCAGGACCUGUUUGGAGAUGACCACAAUAAGAACGGGUUCAAAAUGUUCGACUCCUCCAACUAUCAUGGCCAAGACCUGCUUUUCAAGGAUGCUACCAUCCGGGCAGUACCCGUGGGAGAGAAAACUACUUACCGUGACUGGCUGGGCCCCGACUACGUGGCAGCCCUGGAGGGGAUGCUGUCCCAGCAGUGCUCAGGCACAGCGCCCGCGGCCCGCAGGCUCUCCGCCCUCCCGCUGCUGCCGCCGCUGGCCCUCGCGGCCCGCCUCCUCCAGCCCUGCCUCUGAAGCCGCCCUGGGCACGCCUCACCCGUCCUGGCACUGGAAACCUGUUCAGAAAUCUCUCUACGUGUGGCUGUGCUCCUCCGUAAAUCCAGGGAACGCCGCUCAGAGGGAAACGUGUGAUGGGAGAGGAAGCGCGAAAAGCCAUGAGCUCCCCAGGGCUGCGAUCCCAGCACCAAAGUUGCUGAGAUCGCUUCAAAGUGGAAUAAAGAUGAAUGUGGAAGCACAGUCCCCCAGCUGGACGGAGCAGGGCUCCCCUGCUGGCAGCCAGCCCUGCCUCCCAGGCACCACCUGUCCCCUCCGCCACCUGAGCGCGCUGGCCGGCCUCCCAGUCACGCCCCACCCACGGGCGCGCGGCUCCGCAGGGCUCGGGCUGCGAGAGACCGGUUGCCAAGGAAACAGGCUGAACCCGAGCUUCCCACGCGGGCCUCUCUGCUGGAGCUGGCCCUGCUGAGCCGCCCAGGGGGCCUGGUGAGACGACAGGCCUGCCCGCUCCUCCCUGACCGUUCCCACCUCCCGCUCCGGAGAGCGGACCCCGCCCGCAGCACCCCCGUCAGCCCCCGCUCCAUCUGUCCUCUGGGCUCCCCGUUCCUGCCUCCUCCUGGGGGUACUGUGUCCGCCACGGCAUCGCCGGAUGAGGCUGGAGCCAGACCCUCCAAGGAGGCGAAGGUGCCGGGCACACGCAGCCCUUCGUCCUUGUCUGCGGCGCCUGGGCGUGGCCCGGGCCGCUGGACUCCUGCCUGUGCUGGGCUGGCGACGGCAGGGAGGCCGGGGCUCGAGUCUAGGGAUGAAGCCCUCAAGGGGUCCUGGGACAAAGGAAAUGCUUCUCAGAAAUUUUACUGCGUGGCGAGGCUUGAUGCAGGGUUGGGGGUCUAAAAUCUUGCCUGAACACAUGUCUGUGGAAAGGCAGGCGGGCCUGGGAACUGGACGUGCUCUGAGUGCCCCACCCUUUGGAGACUCCGUUGCACCAGGCUCUGUCCCGGGGCCGAGCCCAGCCAGCCGGAGUCCCCACUCCCGUGUCUCCUCCUCUUAGGCUGCGCCUCAGGUUACCCCCUCCUGGCCCAGUGUCACAUCCGCUGCUCUGGAGCUACUCCCGUCGCUCUAGCAGCACUCGUUCCCUCCAGAUGGAAGGGUUCGGUCCCCUCCGGGGCCGCCGUUACCCCCAGGCCCUGGAGCGGGAGGUGGCCCGAGGCAGCACGAGGCCCCCUGAGCCGAUGGGAGUGGGGAGAUGCCAUUCUCCUCGGCAGAGGAGCCCAGGCCAGGUGAGGUGCUGAGGGGAGUUCUGCCUCCUCGGGUGUGAGCACAGGGUCCCCUCGCCCAGCCCUGCACUGACGGGGCCCGAGGGCCACUCACUCCCAAGGGAGGGUCCCUCCUUCUCAUCCCCUGCGGGACAGUGAAAAGUGCCUGGAGAGGGUCUCCUCGAUCGCCGCGGUCGUCUGAGGAGCCAGAAAAAGUUUCCAGAACUGCCAGCUCUUACUCUGAAACCUGCGCCCUGAAAAAAAGUAAAAAGGAAGAGAAGACACAGGAGCGCGCCGCCCCCGCCGGCAGACGGAGCCGUGUGGGCCUGGAGCUAUUUGCAGCUCUGUCUGCGGGGGCCCUGGGGCCGCCGAUGACAGGCCGGCUCCCUCCCCCCCUCGGCAGGGUGCUCACAGCGACCCCGGGAGGCCUGGCGCCCACCCCGCCGUGGGGAGGCGGGAGGAGCGGCCGCAGCUGCCACGCUUGUACCCUCUUCACGAGGGGAGCGAGUGCGUCAUCUCUGACCUGAUGAUUGUUUGAUUUUAUUUUUUUUUUGUGGGAGAUUUGUGCCGUGAGAAGGGUAUUUGUGUGUGGCCGCCCGGGGGUGACCCCGCACUGUGAGCCUGCUGGGGGUGUGACCUGUGGGUGCCGUGUAACAUGAUUGGCAGGGGACAAGCAGGGGCCGCCGCUGUGUUCGUGCUAAUGAAAGAUGUCGGUUUGUUGUUUAAAUAAAGCCAAACAACCCUGCA